UUGUUACCAGAGAGUUGUUUCAUUGUCCAAUGCAGACUGAGCCCCUGCUCUAAUCUGGGUUAUCUGGCUGUAAUCAGCUUAGCCCACUACUGCUGCUGAUGCUGGCUGGCAUUUUCUGUCGCUUUAGUCUGCACUGCCAUUCAAACACACCUGCUGAAGGGCCUCAGGAUUAAUACAAACUAGCAAGAAAGUCCACUUUCCAUGUAGAAGAGGUUGGAAGAGAUCAACAUUCAGUCUUUUCGAGCAAUCAAGGAAACUGGUCAUGGCUGAGAGUCAAGAAACAGGUUCAUCUGAGGGGACACAUGCUGCAGACAUGUACCCCAGAAAAAUACUGGAGUAUAUGGAAGGAUUUCUCAUCUCCAAGACGGUUUUCUCUGCAUGCGAGCUGGGUGUGUUUGAUGUGCUGCUGGCUUCAGAGCGUCCCCUGUCUGCAGAGGAGAUCAGUCAAGCGAUCGGAGCAAGUCUGGAUGGCACACAGAGACUGCUGGCUGCCUGCAGCGGCCUACAGCUGCUCAACACACACCAGGACAACGGACAAGUGUUUUACAGCAACACAGAGCAGGCCCGUGUCUACCUGACCCGCUCCAGUCCUGUAUCCCUCUACCAGUCCAUCCAGUACAGCUCCAGAACCAUCUACCUCUGCUGGCACUACCUGACCGACGCUGUCAGAGAGGGAAGAAACCAGUAUGAAAAGGCUUUUGGAGUCACCUCGAACGACCUGUUUCAAGCUCUCUACAGGUCUGAUGAGGAGAUGCUGAAGUUCAUGCAGUUAAUGAACUCCAUUUGGAACAUCUGUGCUAAAGAUGUGGUCACGGCCUUCGACCUUUCGCCUUUCAAGAUCAUUUGUGACCUUGGUGGCUGCAGUGGAGCAUUAGCCAAGCAGUGCACGUCAGCCUACCCAGAAUGCAGUGUUACGAUCUUUGACCUCCCCAAGGUGGUGCAAACGUCAAGGAAACACUUCGUGACGGAGGCUGACCAGAGGAUUAGCUUCCACGAAGGUGAUGCUAUUGCUUCUGGGCGAAAUCUCUUGACAUUUAUGAUCAAAAGAAACAAUUACACAAACAAAGCUGACCUUUUGGUCCGUCCUGCAGGAGGCGCUGUGUUUCUAGUAGAGGCGCUGCUCCACGAGGACGGUUCUGGCCCAGUGACGGUGCAGCUCUACUCCCUGAACAUGCUGGUACAGACGGAGGGCAAAGAGAGGACAGCUGCUCAGUACGCUGCCCUGCUGGCUGCCGUCGGCUUCAAUGACAUCCAGCACCGCCUCACUGGGAAGAUCUACGACGCCGUGCUGGGACACAAGGAGAUGUGAGACCAACAAAGAAGGCUACUUGUGUGCCAAGACAGAAAACUUACACUACCUGGAAGAAAACUGUUCUACUACUAAUACUGUACUAUUUUGUAUUUCUUUUCAUUUAAAAUUUCACCGUAAGUUUCUUCAAAUAAAAAACGUUUCUGAAAAUGUAUGACAAUACCACAUUCUGUAUUGGCUCUUUCACUGAAUCUGAAUGACUUAUGAAAUAUUAAUUACAGGUGUGAAACCUAGACUAGGCCACGUUUCGGACCAAAUGGCCAAACCGAUUAAAAGAGGUGGUCUCAGUCUGGAUCAAAAUGAACCAUGGCUCCCCUCUUUUCUUGAGGGAAAUAUUGUUGUAAUUGUUCAGACUUUUGGACAAAAUACAGAAAGUUCUGGAAGGGUAUCGUCAGAACCAGAUGAAGGACAGCCCAGUGUUCAGCUGUUCUUUAAAUGAACACCCUGUGUAAAGCUAUACUGCGUGUAUACAGCCGCCCUCAUGAGGAAUGCUAAGUAAUGACGACAAAACUGCCGGCUCGUCCACAUGAUACAAGCUUUCCUUGACCACGCACCACCAGCCCCCCAAUUUGUAGCCAACGCAAUGCGAAAUCCAGACAAUCAAGCAAGAGACAAAUCCCAGUGCAGUUGGGUUCUGCUCUAAAUGAUUAGCCCCACACUGCAAAGGUCACCCUAUGUUAGAUGGUGUGCAGUGUGAUCUUCCAUUCUCAUCUCUAAGAAGAUGAACUUUUUUACAUCUCUGUUCUCAUCACUCAAUCCUAAGCCCUGUGUCUGAACCCCUCGCCUCUGACUGGUUUUAGCAGCCUUGUAAAGCUGUCUUUGUACCAGGCUCUUUGUAAUGAUGGUCGUGACUCAGUAAAUCUUCUUCACA